GAAUCAAGUAUCAGCCUUGCCAGACCACAAGGACAUCCUUAAAGCUCAAGACCUUUCUGUCAUCAUCAAAGCAUAUGUGCUUGUGACAUCCUUAACACCUCUGCGGGCAUUCAUUCAUUCAACUGCCACUGUCUGGCAUCCACCCAAGAAGAAGCACUUUUCCGUAAAGCUGCAAAGGUUUUUUGAGAUAUUCUUCAAAAGCAAUUCUCCCCAACAAGCCUUCAACAACAUGAAGGAAGCUAUAAGCAAACUGCUACUUAUAACUGAGGUCUUCAGUGAAUCAUCUGCCUCAGGACCAAAUUCUUUCAAUCAAUGCAGCCAAUGUUUUCAAAUGUUAACCUUUGACAUUGGAUUUGGCACAUCCAUAUACCCAGUAGUUCUUGAGGUGCAUGAAAACUUUGACUUUCAAGAUGAGGAUGAAUCAGAUAUUCAGGACCAAACUUUUAAAGAAUUUCUUUUUGAAGAUACUUUUAAAUUUCUCUUGUCUAAUAUAUCCUCAACAUCUUUUUUCAUAGAAGCUUUACAAAAAAUAUAUGGAUCAACUGUAAGCAAGGAUGGAACUCACCACAAAGAAGAUGAGCAAUGUUUGUCUUUAGAAGAGAUAAAUUCAAUGAUUACUUUCAUAAAGGAGCUGAAGAGUCUUGGACAAUUUGAGCUGCUUUUCCCUUCUCCUGCACCCAAGAUUCAAACUCUACUGCGCGACCUUUAUCACAUGGUAGACCCAAUGAGACGGCUUGGUUCAGUCCUGACCCUGCAUUGGUUGCUUUCCAGUUUACUUGAACAAUUCCAGUUAAUGACUGAAGAGGCACAUACAAAUCUUUCAGAAUGGAGAAGCAAGAAGAGCUCUAGAAACUCAUCUCUGACUGUAAUGAAAUGGUUACAGCCUAGGAAUUCUUCUCAAGAAAAUGUGAGCCCUAGGCAGAAUGUUCAUUCUAACUUCAGGAAGAAUCAUGAUGCAUUGCCUUAUUCCAGUAAGAUUAAAGAAAGACGAUGCAGUUAUGAUAAAGAUACCCUAUCUCAUAUCAGGCAGAUCUUCACCAGUCCACAGCUGGACUUGAAUCCUCAGUUUAACCCAAAGAUCAAAGAAUACUAUGCAGAAGUCCCAUUUGACAUGGUGACAGUGAAGAUUGGAGCAGAACCGUCUAACUGUCAAUGCCAAGUACACCUUGAUGAGAAGAAAGGUCCAAGCAUUGCUAACUACCCCCUUGGCCUUGGAUUGAACAAAGUCAUCAUCCUUGUAACAGAUGAUUCGCAGCCCAGCCCUCAGGUUGUGAGCAGCUACAAAAUCACAAUUUAUCGAGAGGACCGCCCUAGUCUGCCUUUGUUUGAUGACUACAUGAUGUGUGGGUUUGUGCAG